AUCUUCUUUUCCCCUUUUUCCCCACUUAGUCUAAGUAUUCUCUCACACUCAGAUUCCAUCUCAGAAUCAGUAUUCGAACGGUUCCGUUCAGUUUCACUCGUGUAGUAUCGAGUCUAGUUCCUAACGUCGUCAGAAACAGAGAUCCUACGGAUAGGAUCAGUCCCGAGUAUAUCAGCUGAGUGUUAAAUCUCCCGGAAGACAAUCUCUCGUCUUGUCUAUUGUUCGCUUAUCCGCUAUUCGAUUAUUCUAUCCGCAGCCCCAACCUUCUUUCUUCUCUCCCUUAGGUCUGUAGACCCCUCCGGUCGAUCAGAACCAUUGUUUUCCUACCAGCCCGGAUCGCUCUUCCACACCGCCUUGAACCAUAAUUUAGCGACGUUUAUGAAAGCGUGAGAACGAACUGUAUACAAUCACCAGCAAUUCAUGCACAUGUUUGGACCACCGUUUGUCAUUGGACACAAACAAACGCCAUCUUCAUGCACGGAUAAUCAUCUUAUAGCUAUAGAUAGAAGACUUACUCCCAUGUCAAUCCAAAACGAAACAACAUUUCUUUCGAAGCGAUGUACCAUCUUCCCGUCAUUUCCGAUCAAACAUGACACAAUAUUUGGCUGUUUGUGGGGAAUUUUGCCCUCUAGCAUUCGUUUGGCAACCUAUAAAUUGCUUGUCUCAGUCUGUUCGUGUCUUUGGUCUGCUCCACCGCUCUCUGACCAACGGGUUCAACGCUUACCAUUCGGCCUAUAUGCAAAGUAUGGUGGACGCAUAAAAGAGGAAGAAGUUAUCGCUACUAUGUUUGUUGCUGCCAACACGUCAAUCCCAGUACCCCGUAUUCUCGACGUGCUGGACGACCGAGGCAAUCUAUUUGUUAUCAUGACACGUUUACCAGGAAUCCAAGCCAAGGUUGCCAUGAAGGACCUGGAUGAUCAGGGUUGGAGACAGUUUGAACAAGAUAUACAAAACUGGUGGUAUCAAUUGCGGAGUCUAGUGCCCCCAACCAAUGUGGUUGGCAGCCUCCUUGGGACAGCGUCCCUGCAACGUCGAAUGUCAAUGGACAUACCAAUUGGUCCAUUCGAUAACAUAGCGGCCUUCCAUCACUAUCUGAUGACUUUGUGUCCGGAAGACCAAGGAUCCCCGCCGUAUGAUGAGUUCCGUCGUCUCGCACCAAUCAAGUCUUUCAAUAAACCCCAUCGUCUAUGCUUCACGCAUGGCGAUUUAGUUCCUCACAAUUUGCUCAUGGAGAACGGCAGACUCAGCGGUUUGGUUGACUUUGAAUCUUCUGGUUGGUUUCCGGAGUAUUGGGACUUUACGGGGACAUAUGGAUGGGCGCAGGGAAACUGGAAAGAGAUGUUGUUGCGAAUCUUUCCUCAAUACCAGGACGAAGUCGAGGUCGAGAAGUAUCUUUGGGAGGCGGUUAAUCCUUUCUGACCUCAUUCUUUCGUUUUACGUUUUACACCUUUAGCCGCUACGAUCAUUCUUCCAAUGUUUUAUAGUACCAGACAAUAUACCUGAAACUAG